AUGUCUUUCGCUCCCCUCGAGGCUCACCAGCAGUUCCAGCACAUCUUGCGUCUCCUUAACACCAACGUUAAGGGUGGCGGUAAGAUCAUGUACGCCCUUACCGAGAUCAAGGGUGUCGGUCGCCGAUACGCCAACUUGGUCUGCAAGAAGGCUGAUGUCGACCUCAACAAGAGGGCCGGUGAGCUCAACUCUGAUGAGCUCGAGCGAAUCGUCACCAUCAUGCAAAACCCCGCCCAGUUCAAGAUCCCCGCUUGGUUCCUCAACAGGCAGCGCGACAUCAACGACGGCAAGAACCACCACGUUCUUUCCAACGUUAUCGACCAGAGGCUCCGUGAGGACCUCGAGAGGCUCAAGAAGAUUAGGACCCACCGAGGUUUGAGGCACCACUGGGGUUUGAAGGUUAGGGGUCAGCACACCAAGACCACCGGUCGACGUGUUGGCCGAGCUCUUGCCGGCAAGAAGUAA